AUGAUACAAGUGGCCACAGAUAGAGACGUUCUAGCAAAUCUCAAAGACGCAUUUUUAACAACAAACUCUUCAGGUGACACAGCCCAGUUUGUAUACAGUCCAGCCGAGCUCCUUCCAAACGACACAAUGACAUUUUUCCGCUAUGAGGGAUCGCUCACCACACCACCGUGCACCGAAGGAGUGACCUGGAUCGUACUGGCUGAGCCUACCUACGUACUGGAGGAUGCGAUUGUUUUUCUACGCCAACAUCUCACAACGGAAGGUGCAUACCUCAAGCACAACUGGAGAAAAACUCAAACUCUGAACAACAGAACUAUCUAUUUAAACAAGAAUGGCGUCAAAUCUCUGGAGACAAACAUUUUGUAUGCUUCCUGCACGAUCCUUCUCAUAACUUUCGAAAAAGCUGUAGCACUACAGCGACAUCGAUAUGUUUGUAGAUUUGAUUUCCCGGCUCUUGAUCGGGAAAUAACAAAUCUUCACUUGCAAGAUGAAACGAUCUAUCGCCGCGUAACAGAGAAAGAAUUCCUUGUGCAGUGCAAACGUUUCAAUCAUGUUUGGAUGACUAUGGGAAAAUCUGCUGGCCUUGACGAACGAUUUGUUAGCCGCCUAAAGCUUGACAAACCGACCUGCCCUGUGUUCUACAGCCUCAUCAAAACGCAUAAGCUGAAACCCGAUGAGGUCAACUCAACAUCAGCGGCCACAUUCAAAAUCCGACCAAUAAUAAGUUGUGUGGGAGGACCAACGGAUCGCAUUUCGUGGUUCCUUAAUAAAAUCGUGGUCAGGAAAUUAUUUCGCGCAACUGAGAGGGCUAGCAAUGGGUCAACGAUUAGCACCAGUACUGGCGAUCUGCUUCAUGAGCAGAAUCGAAGAACCAGUACUUUCGCGUAG